GGGCGUGGGGCUGGGGGCGCUGGGCUGCGUGGUCAUGGCUUCGGGGAAGCCGCUGGCGGCCGUCACUUGCACGGCCCCGGUCAACAUCGCGGUCAUCAAGUACUGGGGCAAGCGGGAUGAGGAGCUGGUGCUGCCCAUCAACUCGUCUCUGAGCGUCACCCUGCACCAGGAGCAGCUGAGAACCACCACUACCGCCGCCGUCAGCCCGGACUUCACCGAGGACCGCAUCUGGCUGAACGGCCGGGAGGAGGACGUGGGGCAGCCGCGCCUGCAGGCCUGCCUGCGGGAGAUCCGCCGCCUGGCCCGGGAGCGGAGGCGCACACAGGACGGGGACGCGCUGGCGCCAAGCCCCAGCUACAAGGUGCACAUCGCCUCAGUGAACAACUUCCCCACCGCCGCGGGCCUGGCCUCCUCGGCCGCCGGCUACGCCUGCCUAGCCUACACCCUGGCCCAGGUCUACGGGGUGGACAGCGACCUCUCGGAGGUGGCCCGCAGGGGCUCGGGCAGCGCCUGCCGGAGCCUGCACGGGGGCUUCGUGGAGUGGCAGAUGGGAGUGCAGGCUGACGGCACGGACAGCGUGGCCCGGCCCGUGGCACCCGAGUCGCACUGGCCGGAGCUCCGCGUCCUCAUCCUGGUGGUGAGCGCGGAAAAGAAGCUGACGGGCAGCACGGUGGGCAUGCAGACCAGCGUGGAGACCAGCGCCCUGCUCAAGUUCCGGGCCGAGGCAGUGGUGCCGGCGCGCAUGCGGGAGAUGACCCGGUGCAUCCAGGAGCGGGACUUCCAGGGCUUCGGCCAGCUGACCAUGAGGGACAGCAACCAGUUCCACGCCACCUGCCUGGACACCUUCCCGCCCAUCUUCUACCUCAACGACACCUCCAGGCGCAUCAUCCACCUGGUGCACUGCUUCAACGCCCACCACGGGCAGACCAAGGUGGCGUACACGUUUGAUGCUGGCCCCAACGCCGUGGUCUUCACACUGGAGGACACCGUGGCCGAGUUUGUGGCUGCCGUGAGGCACAGCUUUCCCCCCGAGUCAAACGGCGACAAGUUCGUGCAGGGCCUGCAGGUGGCGCCUGCACUUCUCCCAGACGACCUCAAGGCGGCGCUGGCCCUGGAGCCCACGCCUGGCGGCGUCAAGUACAUCAUCUCCACCCAGGUGGGGCCGGGGCCUCAGGUCCUGCGGGACCCCCAAGCGCACCUCCUGGGCCCCGACGGCCUGCCGAGGCCCGCCGCGUGACCCCCUCAGCGUGACGCCGCGUGACCGGACCCCCUGCAGCUGCGUGGCAUCUGGGGGGGGGGGCCGGGGCUGCCCCUCACGCCGCAGCACCGCUCCUGCUGGGCCUGCAGCCCGGCCCUGGACGCUGGCCCGGUGCAGGUGGACUGGCCCUUCCCCAGCCGGCGGAGCUGCGUGACCGCCGCGGAAUAAAGCCAGCAUC